AUGGCCAGCGGCAGGCCCCCUGGGUCGCAUCCUGCUGAAUAUGACUAUGAUGAGGAUUUGCGAAGUCUGAGUCCGGGCCCGAUUCCUGCGAAUGAUCCUAAUCGCUCACAUUAUUAUUCCAACAACCCAUAUGCGGCUUUUGUCGGGAAUGAACAACCAGCUGAAGCUCACUUCCAUGGGGAACCCCAUACGGUACCUGGGGGCAACCCGAUCUACAGCUCUUACGAUUUGAGACCAAGCGCAACCAACACCUCGUUCCAAUCACGAUAUGACUCCGAUUACGAAAGAGCCGAAUACCCCGAACAGGAGCAUCUUCAGCAACCUUCAAACCGGAAUAGCGUCUUUGCUUUGGGCAGUGGAUUCUGGGGGCAGGUCAAAAACGCGGUUGGCGUGAAGCCACCAGAUUACGACCGGUUCCAGAAUGAAAGUCAUCCUUUGACAGAAGGGGGAGCUGGUGUCUAUAGCACCGGAGAUGCGCCAGCACCCCGGGGAGAGCGAAAAAAAUUCCGGGCUUCCGACAUCAUCUCCGUGUUUGGACGGCGCAAGGUUGACCCGUCGACUUUGGGUCCUCGCAUGAUUCAGCUCAACAAUCCGCCUGCGAACGCGACGCACAAGUUCGUCAGCAACCAUGUGUCGACUGCCAAGUACAACGUCAUUACCUUUAUCCCGAAAUUUCUCUUCGAGCAAUUCUCCAAAUAUGCCAACUUGUUCUUCCUUUUCACCGCCGUCCUCCAACAGAUUCCCAACGUCUCACCCACAAACAAGUACACAACAGUUGUUCCCCUCGGCAUUGUAUUGUUGGUUUCUGCAAUCAAGGAACUCGUGGAGGACUACAAGCGUCGAACAUCCGACAGAGGGCUGAACUAUUCUAAAACGCAGAUUCUGAAGGGCUCCUCAUUUCACGAAACAAAAUGGGUGGAUGUUGCGGUUGGAGACAUUGUACGAGUCGAAUCAGAGCAACCGUUUCCAGCAGAUUUGGUCUUACUGGCAUCAUCUGAGCCCGAGGGUUUAUGCUAUAUUGAGACUGCCAAUUUGGAUGGUGAAACGAACCUCAAAAUCAAGCAGGCUAUUCCGGAAACCGCCAAUCUUGUUAGCCCCAGUGACCUGAGCCGGUUGAGUGGACGGGUCCGAUCAGAGCAACCGAAUAGCAGUCUUUAUACAUAUGAGGCAACACUGACCAUGAAUGCUGGGACUGGAGAGAAAGAGCUUUCGUUGGCACCGGAUCAGCUGCUACUUCGAGGCGCAACCCUGCGCAAUACUCCUUGGAUCCAUGGAAUCGUCGUUUUCACCGGACACGAGACAAAGUUGAUGCGAAAUGCCACGGCGACCCCAAUUAAACGGACUGCCGUCGAGCGAAUGGUUAACAUCCAAAUUUUGAUGCUGGUCAGCAUUCUCAUUGCGCUGAGCGUCAUCAGUUCUGUGGGUGAUCUUGUUGUUCGACAAACCGCUUCUAGCAAACUCGCCUAUCUCGAUUACGGAUCCACGAACGCUGUCAAACAGUUUUUCAUGGACAUCUUUACGUAUUGGGUGCUUUACUCCAAUCUGGUUCCGAUCUCUCUUUUUGUGACGAUCGAAAUUGUCAAAUAUUUCCAGGCAUAUCUUAUCAACUCCGAUCUCGACAUCUACUACGACAAGACUGAUACACCCGCCACGUGCCGCACAUCUUCGCUGGUUGAAGAGCUUGGUCAAAUUGAAUAUAUCUUCUCCGACAAGACAGGCACUUUGACUUGCAAUAUGAUGGAGUUCAAGGAAUGCUCAAUUGCUGGUAUCCAAUAUGGAGAUGAUGUCUCAGAGGACCGAAGAGCUACGGUGGAAGAUGGCACGGAUGCCGGUGUUUACGAUUUUAAAACUCUCCGGCAAAACUUGCAGUCUCAUCCGACCCAGGGUGCUAUUCAGCAGUUCCUCACUCUCUUGGCCACCUGUCACACGGUUAUUCCUGAGCGUACUGGAAACGACCCCGAUCAAAUUAAGUACCAGGCCGCUUCGCCCGACGAAGGAGCUUUAGUGGAUGGUGCGGCUUCGCUGGGAUAUCGUUUCACGAAUCGUAAGCCUCGCUCUGUGAUCUUCACAGCCAAUGGCGUGGAGCAGGAGUAUGAGUUGCUAGCAGUCUGUGAAUUCAAUUCUACCCGAAAACGAAUGUCCACAAUUUUCCGUUGUCCGGAUGGCAAAGUUCGAAUUUACUGCAAGGGUGCUGAUACUGUCAUCUUUGAAAGGUUAAUGAAAGACCCACCAUUCAAAGAUGAGACUAUCCAGCACCUGGAAGAGUAUGCUUCCGAUGGCCUGCGGACGUUGUGUCUUGCCAUGCGUGAGGUUCCGGAUGACGAAUUUCAACAGUGGUAUCAGAUCUUCGACAAGGCGAACACGACUGUCGGUGGCAACCGUGCGGAGGAGCUGGACAAGGCUGCCGAGCUGAUUGAGCGUGACUUCUAUCUGCUGGGUGCUACUGCUAUCGAAGACCGACUGCAAGAUGGCGUUCCGGACACUAUUCACACACUCCAGACCGCUGGAAUCAAGAUUUGGGUGCUGACCGGUGACCGACAAGAGACAGCCAUCAACAUUGGCAUGUCUUGCAAGCUCAUCUCCGAGGACAUGUCACUUGUCGUCAUUAAUAAGGAAUCAACUGAAGAGACCCGCCAAGCCUUGCAAAAGAAUCUGGAGGAGGCUAAGGUCUUAGCUGGUCAGCAUGACGCCGAGCCCUUGGCACUAGUCAUUGAUGGCAAGUCUUUGACUUUUGCUUUGGAGAAGGACUUGGAAAAGCUCUUCCUUGAUCUUGCUGUUAUGUGCAAAGCCGUUAUUUGCUGUCGAGUAUCUCCCCUUCAAAAGGCAUUGGUUGUCAAGCUUGUCAAGCGCCACAAAAAGUCGUUGCUUCUCGCAAUUGGCGACGGUGCCAAUGAUGUGUCCAUGAUUCAGGCCGCUCAUGUUGGUGUUGGUAUCAGCGGCGUUGAGGGUCUCCAGGCCGCUCGCUCUGCCGAUGUGGCGAUCGGCCAAUUUCGUUUCCUCCGAAAGCUUCUUCUGGUUCACGGGUCAUGGAGCUACUCUCGAAUCAGUCGAGUUAUUUUGUACUCGUUCUAUAAGAACAUUACACUGUACAUGACUCAAUUCUGGUACUCUUUCCAAAACGCUUUCUCUGGUGAAGUCAUUUACGAAUCGUGGACUCUCUCCUACUACAACGUGCUCUUUACUGUUAUGCCUCCUUUUGCCAUGGGAAUAUUUGACCAGUACAUAUCUGCUCGUUUACUGGAUCGCUACCCACAACUCUAUCAAUUGGGCCAGCAAGGAAUUUUCUUCAAGAAACACAGCUUCUGGGCUUGGAUUCUCAACGGAUUUUUCCACUCCCUGCUUCUUUACAUCGUUUCUGAGCUGAUCUUUUUCUGGGAUUUGCCCAUGAGUGACGGCAAGACCGCUGGGCAUUGGGUUUGGGGCGAGGCAUUGUAUACCGCUGUGCUCGCCACCGUUCUCGGUAAAGCCGCCUUGAUCUCCAACAUCUGGAACAAAUACACCUUUAUCGCCAUCCCUGGAUCUAUGGCACUCUGGAUUGCUUUCCUCCCAGCCUAUGGUUAUGCCGCUCCCGCCAUUGGAUUCUCUACCGAAUACUAUGGCACUAUUCCCGUCCUCUUCAAAUCUCCCAUCUUCUAUUUGAUGGCUAUUGCUCUGCCCUGUAUCUGUCUCAUGCGUGAUUUUGCCUGGAAAUAUGCCAAGCGCAUGUACUACCCUCAAAAUUAUCACCACGUGCAGGAAAUUCAGAAAUACAACGUGCAGGACUACCGUCCCCGCAUGGAACAAUUCCAGAAAGCCGUUCGGAAGGCCCGCCAAUCCGUGCGCACGCGCAAACAGAGAGGAUACGCCUUCUCCCAAGCCGACGACGGUGGGCAAAUGCGUGUCUUGAACGCCUACGACACCACUCAGGGCCGUGGACGCUAUGGUGAAAUGACUAGUUCCAGAAACCCGGCGUUUUGA